AGGGGCUGGACUGAUGUUAACCACCAGCUUGACCUGCUCUCUUGUUAACCAGCUUGAUUGUAUGUUGUGAAGUCAACCUGAUGGACCUACGACGAACAGAGAAAGCUGCAGUUCUUUUGGUUGUUCCAGUCAGAGAGAUGAAGAAGCUCUGUCACCUGUCUAACAGAAUCCUGAUAGUCAGCAUUUUACUGAUUGUCUUCUUUCUUCCAGGUGCUUUUGCUCAUUGUGGUGGUGUUCUAAACCAGCACAUGUAUACACCAAGUGAGAUUGAAGCUCUGAUUGGAUCUUGUGUGGAAAUCCCAUGUAAAUUUGGUACUUUGAAAGGAUUUGACAACAGCAAACCCACUUACGGAAUCUGGAUGAAACAUAUGCCAGUAUAUGAUGUGGGAGCAAGUGAAAUUAUUUUUAACAGCAGUGGGUCAAUUAACACCCAUCAAAUGGAAAUGAUUGGAGAUUUGAGAAGGAAAAACUGCAGCACUCGGAUUCCUGAUGUAAAAGCAGAUCUUACAGACAAGUACUUCUUAAGAAUUGAGAACGGGGAAGCGAAAGCAACAUUUUGUGAAGAUUCUUUUAAGUUAACAGUUAUAGAUUCUCCUUGGACUCCCAGCAUUGUUGUUUUUGGAAGUGAUCUGAAGGAGAAUCAGUCUGUCACUCUAACCUGCUCAGUUUAUACUCCCUGUUUACCUUCACCUCCUGAACUCACCUGGAAUCUCAAAAAACACUCUCUCGGACAAAUACUGAAAAAGACUGAUGGAACCUUUACAACUAAACUCCAGGAGACCAUCACUCUGUCAGACAAGCAUGAUGGAUACAACAUCAGCUGUACUGCUAGAUAUCCUGUGAAAGGAGGAUUCAAACAGUCAGAGUCAGUAAGGACUCUCAGUGUUUCAUAUGCUCCUAAAGACACCUCAGCUACCACCAGUCCAUCAUAUUUGGUGUCAAAAGGUAGCAGGGUGGCGUUGAGCUGCUCCAGCAGAGGCAACCCUCCCAUUACCAGCUACACCUGGUUCAAGCACCGCAAACGUGGAGACAUUAAAUUAUCUGUGGCGCCGGUUUACAGCUUCUUUGCUACUGAGCGAGCAAACUAUUACUGUGAGGCCAAAAAUAUGCUUGGUAGUGAGAAAUCGAAAACCAUCUGUAUUGACAUCAUUGAUGCUCCUUUGACUCCCAGAAUUGAUAUCCCUUUUGGUGAUCUGAAGGAGGGCCAGUCUGUCACUAUAACCUGCUCAGCUUCAACUCCGUGUCCACACUCACCUCCUAAACUCACCUGGAAUCUCCAACAAGACUCUCUCAGACAAACAGAGAGAAACGCAGAUGGAACCUUUACAACUAAAAUCCAGAAGAACAUCACUCUGUCGGACACACAUGAUGGAUACAACAUCAGAUGUUCUUCCAGACAUCCUGCGGCUGAAAAAAGCAACAUAGCAAAGACAGAAGUGACUCUCAGUGUUUCAUAUGCUCCUAGAAACACCUCAGCAUCCAUCAGUCCAUCAGCUUUGGUGUCAGCAGGUAGCAGGGUGGAGCUGAACUGCUCCAGCAGAGCCAAACCUCCACCCAGCUUCACCUGGUUCAGGAACAGCAAACAAGGAGUCACUAAAGUGUCUGUGGAGCAGGUUUACAGCUUCAGUGCUACUCCUACUGAAGAAGGAGACUAUUACUGUGAUUCCACAAAUGAGCUUGGUAGUGAGAAAUCGGAAAGCAUCUGUAUUGACAUCGGCGAUGCUCCUUUGACUCCCAGAAUUGAUAUCCCUUUUGGUGAUCUGAAGGAGGGCCAGUCUGUCACUAUAACCUGCUCAGCUUCAACUCCGUGUCCACACUCACCUCCUAAACUCACCUGGAAUCUCCAACAAGACUCUCUCAGACAAACAGAGAGAAACGCAGAUGGAACCUUUACAACUAAAAUCCAGAAGAACAUCACUCUGUCGGACACACAUGAUGGAUACAACAUCAGAUGUUCUUCCAGACAUCCUGCGGCUGAAAAAAGCAACAUAGCAAAGACAGAAGUGACUCUCAGUGUUUCAUAUGCUCCUAGAAACACCUCAGCAUCCAUCAGUCCAUCAGCUUUGGUGUCAGCAGGUAGCAGGGUGGAGCUGAACUGCUCCAGCAGAGCCAAACCUCCACCCAGCUUCACCUGGUUCAGGAACAGCGGACGUGGAUUCAUUACAGUCGCUUCAGUGUUCAGUAUGAGCUUCAAUGCUGCUGAGCGAGGAGACUAUUACUGUGAGGCCACAAAUACGCUUGGUAGUGAGAAAUCGAAACGCAUCUGUCUUGACCUCAUUGAUGCUCCUUUGACUCCCAGAAUUGAUAUCCCUUUUGGUGAUCUGAAGGAGGGCCAGUCUGUCACUAUAACCUGCUCAGCUUCAACUCCGUGUCCACUCUCACUUCCUGAACUCACCUGGAAUCUCCAACAAGACUCUCUCAGACAAACAGAGAAAAACACAGAGGGAAUCUUUACAACUAAUAUCCAGAAGAACAUCACUCUGUCGGACACACAUGAUGGAUACAACAUCAUAUGUUCUUCCAGACAUCCUGCAGCUGAAAAAAGCAACACAGCAAAGACAGAAGUGACUCUCAGUGUUUCAUAUGCUCCUAGAAACACCUCAGCAUCCAUCAGUCCAUCAGCUUUGGUGUCAGCAGGUAGCAGGGUGGAGCUGAACUGCUCCAGCAGAGCCAAACCUCCACCCAGCUUCACCUGGUUCAGGAACAGCGGACGUGGAUUCAUUAAAGUAGCUUCAGUGUUCAGUAUGAGCUUCAAUGCUGCUGAGCGAGGAGACUAUUACUGUGAGGCCACAAAUAGGCUUGGUAGUGAGAAAUCGAAACGCAUCUGUCUUGACCUCAUUGAUGCUCCUUUGACUCCCAGAAUUGAUAUCCCUUUUGGUGAUCUGAAGGAGGGCCAGUCUGUCACUAUAACCUGCUCAGCUUCAACUCCGUGUCCACUCUCACUUCCUGAACUCACCUGGAAUCUCCAACAAGACUCUCUCAGACAAACAGAGAAAAACACAGAGGGAAUCUUUACAACUAAUAUCCAGAAGAACAUCACUCUGUCGGACACACAUGAUGGAUACAACAUCAUAUGUUCUUCCAGACAUCCUGCAGCUGAAAAAAGCAACACAGCAAAGACAGAAGUGACUCUCAGUGUUUCAUAUGCUCCUAGAAACACCUCAGCAUCCAUCAGUCCAUCAGCUUUGGUGUCAGCAGGUAGCAGGGUGGAGCUGAACUGCUCCAGCAGAGCCAAACCUCCACCCAGCUUCACCUGGUUCAGGAACAGCGGACGUGGAUUCAUUAAAGUAGCUUCAGUGUUCAGUAUGAGCUUCAAUGCUGCUGAGCGAGGAGACUAUUACUGUGAGGCCACAAAUACGCUUGGUAGUGAGAAAUCGAAACGCAUCUGUCUUGACCUCAUUGAUGCUCCUUUGACUCCCAGAAUUGAUAUCCCUUUUGGUGAUCUGAAGGAGGGCCAGUCUGUCACUAUAACCUGCUCAGCUUCAACUCCGUGUCCACUCUCACUUCCUGAACUCACCUGGAACCUCCAACGAGACUCUCUCAGACAAACAGAGAAAAACACAGAGGGAAUCUUUAUAACUAAUAUCCAGAAGAACAUCACUCUGUCGGACACACAUGAUGGAUACAACAUCAGAUGUUCUUCCAGACAUCCUGCGGCUGAAAAAAGCAACGCAGCAAAGACAGAAGUGACUCUCAAUGUUCCAUAUGCUCCUAGAAACACCUCAGCAUCCAUCAGUCCAUCAGCUUUGGUGUCAGCAGGUAGCUGGGUGGAGCUGAACUGCUCCAGCAGAGCCAAACCUCCACCCAGCUUCACCUGGUUCAGGAACAGCGGACGUGGAUUCAUUACAGUCGCUUCAGUGUUCAGUAUGAGCUUCAAUGCUGCUGAGCGAGGAGACUAUUACUGUGAGGCCACAAAUACGCUUGGUAGUGAGAAAUCGAAACGCAUCUGUCUUGACCUCAUUGAUGCUCCUUUGACUCCCAGAAUUGAUAUCCCUUUUGGUGAUCUGAAGGAGGGCCAGUCUGUCACUAUAACCUGCUCAGCUUCAACUCCGUGUCCACUCUCACUUCCUGAACUCACCUGGAAUCUCCAACAAGACUCUCUCAGACAAACAGAGAAAAACACAGAGGGAAUCUUUACAACUAAUAUCCAGAAGAACAUCACUCUGUCGGACACACAUGAUGGAUACAACAUCAGAUGUUCUUCCAGACAUCCUGCGGCUGAAAAAAGCAACGCAGCAAAGACAGAAGUGACUCUCAGUGUUUCAUAUGCUCCUAGAAACACCUCAGCAUCCAUCAGUCCAUCAGCUUUGGUGUCAGCAGGUAGCAGGGUGGAGCUGAACUGCUCCAGCAGAGCCAAACCUCCACCCAGCUUCACCUGGUUCAGGAACAGCAAACAAGGAGUCACUAAAGUGUCUGUGGAGCAGGUUUACAGCUUCAGUGCUACUCCUACUGAAGAAGGAGACUAUUACUGUGAUUCCACAAAUGAGCUUGGUAGUGAGAAAUCGGAAAGCAUCUGUAUUGACAUCGGCGAUGCUCCUUUGACUCCCAGAAUUAGUAUCUCUACUUGUAAUCUGAGGGAGGGCCAGUCUAUCACUGUAACCUGCUCAGCUUCAACUCUCUGUCCACACUCACUUCCUGAACUCACCUGGAAUCUCCAACAAGACUCUCUCAGACAAACAGAGAGAAACGCAGAUGGAACCUUUACAACUAAAAUCCAGGAGAACAUCACUCUGUCAGACACACAUGAUGGAUACAACAUCAAAUGUUUCACCGGACAUCCUGCGGCUAGAAAAAGCAACGCAGCAAAGACAGAAGUGGCUCUCAGUGUUUCAUAUGCUCCUAAAAACACGUCAGCAUCCAUCAGUCCAUCAGAAGGUCACUAUGUGGAGCUGAACUGCUCCAGCAGAGCCAAACCUCCACCCAAAAUCACCUGGUUCAAGAAAGGCCCGGAAAGAACCACUGAAGUAGCUACAGGCAACUUUCACAAGGUUAAAUUCACUGAUGGCGAUCAAUACUACUGUGUAGCUGAAAAUAAGGUGGGAAAACAGAAAUCAUCACCGAUCAAUCUCACAGUAAAAGGUACAAACGGACUUGGAGCCUGGAUUCUUGCAAUAAUAGGGGCCGUGGGAAUGGUACUUCUUGGCAGUACAAUCUUCAUCCUUGACACCUGGUUCAUUCACUCCUAAUCCAGUCAAGCUCAUGAGUUGUGCUUGUGUAAAGCACUAAAAUAAAAUGCUGCAACCCGCUACAACUCUCUCAG